CACACGCACACGCACACACUUGCCUAGAGACAAACUUAAGGUGAGGGGAAAGAGCUCUAGCUUCACUUGAUCUCCAGUCUCCAACUUCAGCAGGACUUGAGAACAUUUGAACUUCUGGCUUUCAGGACAAGUGAAGAAGAGUCUUGGGCUACAAAGAUGAAGAGCCUACUUCUUCUGGUGCUGAUUUCAGUCUGCUGGGCUGACCCUCCUUCAGACAACUAUACCCUAGAUCAUGGCAGAGUUAUUCACAUCCAAGCAGAAAAUGGCCCCCAUCUCCGUGUGGAAGCAGAACAAGCCAAGGUGUUCUCCCACAGAGGUGGCAAUGUCACUCUGCCGUGUGCAUUUUUUCGAGACCCUACAGCAUUUGGCUCAGGAACCCACAAAAUCCGAAUUAAGUGGACCAAGCUAACUUCAGAUUACCUUAAGGAAGUGGAUGUUUUUGUUUCCAUGGGAUACCACAAGAAAGCCUAUGCAGGCUACCAGGGUAGAGUGUUUCUGAAGGGGGUCAGUGAAAACGACGCUUCUCUGGUGAUCACAGACCUCACCCUGGAGGAUUAUGGGAAAUACAAGUGCGAGGUGAUUGAAGGAUUAGAAGAUGAUACUGCCGUGGUAGCAUUAGAUUUACAAGGUGUGGUAUUCCCUUACUUUCCACGACUGGGGCGCUAUAAUCUCAACUUCCACGAGGCACAGCAGGCUUGUCUAGACCAGGAUGCUGUGAUUGCCUCCUUCGACCAGCUGUAUGAUGCCUGGCGGGGUGGGCUGGACUGGUGCAAUGCUGGCUGGCUCAGCGACGGCUCUGUGCAGUACCCCAUCACCAAGCCACGGGAGCCCUGCGGAGGCCAGAACACCGUGCCCGGUGUCAGGAACUAUGGGUUUUGGGAUAAAGAGAAAAGCAGAUAUGAUGUGUUCUGUUUUACAUCCAACUUCAACGGCCGUUUUUAUUACCUGAUCCACCCCACCAAGCUGACCUAUGAUGAAGCGGUGCAGGCUUGUCUCAACGACGGUGCUCGGAUUGCGAAAGUGGGCCAGAUAUUCGCUGCCUGGAAACUUCUGGGCUACGACCGCUGCGAUGCGGGCUGGUUGGAGGACGGCAGUGUCCGCUACCCUAUCUCUAGGCCAAGAAGGCGCUGCAGUCCUACGGAGGCUGCGGUGCGCUUCGUGGGUUUCCCAGAUAAAAAGCAUAAGCUGUACGGUGUCUACUGCUUCAGAGCAUACAACUGAGCGUGCCCCCAGAGCACGGCAAGUUCAAAGUCAUUAAGAACAUGUGAAAGGUUUUGUUUUUUUUUUUCAAUAUGAACUCAUGCAAGUUACCAAAACUGUGAUAACCCUUUUUUUACUUACUGUAAAGAGUCAUUUUCAUAAAGAUCAAUUCAUUAAUUUGUUUUUGUAAAGCUAUCAUUCAAUAUAUAUUAUAAAUUAAUAUAAUUCUGAGGGGAGUGCUACAUAAAGGAGGCUUUAGAGCCAGACUGUUUAGGCUACAUCAUCCCAAUGAAGUACCCUCCCAUGACGGGGCAUGCAAUAACCUGAGGAUUUGCCGGGAAAGGAAAUUUACUUUAGGAAAUUUACUUUCCUAAAUUAAGGAAAGUAAAGCUACUCAGAGCAGCAGCUUCCACAAGCACAAAUUUUACACAUUUGUACAAUUUUGAAAUGCACUACAACAAACAAAUUAGAGCAACAGAUUUGAAAUGCAUAUUUCUUUACAUAAACUGACAUUCUGAGAGGUUGCACAAAACUCAGUUUCACAAGAAAAAAAAUCUACACUUUUCUAGAAGUUAAUACUGCAAUUCUCCAAUAGAAUGUUUUACUGUUUGAAAUCCUGCCUUUUUGACCAAAACAUAAAAUAAAAUUCAUAGGACUCCAAUGCACAGUAAUAAGCACAGAUAAAACUCCUUAAUAACCCCAUUUAUAUGAAGUAUGAGAUUUAAAUAAGCAGAUAAUAUUUAAUCAAUGAGAGACUCCUACCUUCUUAUUAUUAAAAUUACACAUGCCUAAGAAGAAUCGUCUUAUCUUUUGAGUAGCUUUACUGAGUUAUAUUUAAAUUCUAAGGGCCAUUGGCUAAGCAGCAUUUAGCAUCUACUCAGGGCAGUUAUAUAGAUA